AUGACUGAAGAAAAGAAGAAAGUUGCUACUGCUCCUUCUCCAGCAAUUAAAUUUGAUCAAGAAAAAUUACUUCAAACAGUUCAAACUUUACAAUUUGGUUGGUUUAUUGGUAAUGUUCUUACAUUAUUAGGAUUUUUCUUAUUUACAUUAUCUUAUUUUGGUAUUUUACCUGAUAUUGGAUUUAUAUGGUAUUUAAUUUCAUUAUUAGGAGCAUUAAUUUCAUUUGGAAUUUUACUUGUUCAAUUUAUUCAAAAAAAUGGGUUUAAAUUACCUCUUUUAAUUAAAGAUGAUAAUUUCCAUUAUUUUUUAUUAGCAAUUUUUUUAAUUGCUUUAAGAGCUUAUGUAUGGAUAACUUUAAUACCAUUUGUUAUUUUUUCAAGUUUCCAUGUUUUAAAUUAUGUUAAUACUCAUUUAUUACCAAUUGUGGGAUUAGAAAAUAAUCCAAUUUCUAAACAUAUUACUAAUUUUGUCAAUAAAAAUAAUCUUGCUUCUAUUCAAAUUGCUAGUGGUAUUGAAUUACUCACUAUUAUUUGGUUAUUCCUUAGAGUGAUCACAUUUAGAAAAAGAUCAUUAACACCAUUUUUAGUUUUCCUUAUUUUUUUGAAGAAAAGACAUGAAGUUUCUCCAUUCACAAGAAAAUAUUUUGAUUUUUUUGGUACUCAAGGUGAUUCUGCUGUUGCUGCUAUAAAUAAUCCCGUGGUUAAUGAUGUUUGGGGUCAUGUUAAAACUGCAUUCAGAACCAUUGACCUGUUUAAAUUGGUUCAUGAUCGAACCAAAGAUGAAGAUAAGGCCAAAUGA